AUGGGUUUCAUCGGUGUUUAUACCGCCAUCUACGACUACCAACCGCAAGCGCAAGGUGAAUUAGAACUUCGUGAAGGCGAUCUACUAUAUAUUCUCGAGAAGAGCGACGAGGACGAUUGGUGGAAGGCCAAAAAGAAGGCGGACCGGGAGGACGAAGAUGAGCCUGAGGGUCUAGUACCAAAUAACUACGUCGAGGAGGCCACGCCGAUUCACACCGCGAAAGCCCUCUACGAUUAUACACGUCAGACAGAUGAGGAGGUAUCUUUCUCGGAGGAUGCGAACUUGGUGGUGUACGACACUUCGGAUCCGGACUGGACCUUGGUUGGAGUCAAUGGGGAUUUUGGAUUCGCUCCGUCAAAUUACAUCGAUAUCCUUGACGACUCUGUAGCUCAUGCAGCUCCCGCCCAGACCUCUGCAUCGCCGGAACCUCCUUCGGCGGCUGCAGCGUCCCCAGCGUCCCCAGCUCCCGCACCGGCACCUCCUAGCCUCCCGCAGCGUCCAGAGCCGGCUCCCGCGGAGGAGCCUAGCUCGCCCGUCUCGAGCUCUCCCAGUGAUGCCGUGCAGAAUCCCGCUGCAGCCGCCAUCGCCAGUAUACUUCACAAGCAGCACGCCUCGUCGGAAUCACCCAGAGAUGUUCCCCCUCCCCCACAGCCGCAGCCGCCCUCAGAGCCGCAAUACCGUGAGCCGUCACCUCCCCCACCUCAAUUGCCGCGACGGCCCCCUUCGGAGCAGUUGACAUCUCCCGUCCAUCUCGAGUCACCAACAUUCGCGCCCUCACCGGUUUCUCAUCCUCGGCAUGCUUCGAUACGGGAGAACGAUGGUGGUCCACGAGAAUCACCUCCUUAUAAUCGGGUUGGACGGACAGCGCCGCGCUCCCCAUCUGGAUAUCACAUUUACAAUAUUAACGAGAUGGUUGAGGGAUCAACAUCGCCACCUGGAACUAUCUUCAUUUCACCGGAAGACGAUGGGGAUGUGCAGGAGUGGAGUGCCGAGAAGCUUACCCAUUACUCCAUUGAAGGAAAGCACGUUUUCAUUGAUCUCGUCCGUCCUAGCAAGAGUGUGGAUUUCCAUGCGGGAGCCAAAGACACGGCGCGCGAGAUUGUCUCGGCGUUGGGUGAGAUCUCCGGAGCAUUCCGCGCAGAAGGCUUGCGGGAAGUGAUAGCAGCAGGUUCAGGCGGCGGUGGCGCACAGAAGAAAGGAACUAUUCUUUACGACUUCAUGGCGCAAGGCGACGAUGAGGUAACGGUUGGCGUCGGUGAUGAGGUGGUGAUUGUAGAUGAUACCAAGUCCGAGGAAUGGUGGAUGGUUCGACGCAUCAAGAAUGGCAAGGAGGGAGUAGUUCCAAGCAGCUAUGUGGAAGUCACCGGCUUUGUCUCCCCACCUUCAACCACCACUCCUGCUGAGUCCGGCUUGUCGGCUGUGGAGAGGAACAGGCUUGAAGAGGCUCGUCUAGCCAAGGAGGCUACACGAAAAUCGGUAUCAGAAGCAGCUGCACCACGCAGCCCUACGAUCAAGCCGCAGCACCACAAGAAAGACAGCAAGAGCAGCCAAAGAUCCAAACCAGACCCGGCCAAGGUUAGGACGUGGAUUGAUCGGUCCAAGGCAUUCACGGUGGAAGCUCAGUUCAUCGGCUUGCAGGAUGGCAAAAUCCAUUUGCACAAGACAAACGGAAUUAAGAUCGCGGUGCCAAUCCCUAAAAUGUCGUUUGAGGACUUGGAAUACGUUGAGAAGGUUACCGGAAUCUCCCUUGACGAAGAUAAGCCGUUGUCCGACAUUCGUCGCCGUUCUCAACGUAUCGAAUCCGACAAGGCGGACAAGGCUCGGUCCUCGAGCGAAGGAAAGUCUGGCGCUACUUUCCAGCAGUCCGACUACGACUGGUUCGACUUUUUCCUCAAAGCCGGUGUUGGUCCUCAUCAAUGUGAGCGGUAUGCGCAGAAUUUCGCCAAAGACUCGAUGGAUGAAAGUAUCCUUCCUGACAUAACCCCCGAGAAUCUGCGCACACUGGGCUUGAAAGAAGGUGAUAUCCUGCGGGUCAUGCGCUAUCUGGAUAACAUGUUAGGGCGGACAGGCAACAAGUCGAAGCUGCGAAAUGUGAGCUUUGGUGGUGAAGAGGUCAUGGGUGAUGGUGAGGAAUCUGGUGGUCUCUUUGCUGGGCCUGGCGGGGCAUUGCGCAACAACACCCGAAAGAGCCGUCCAGCACCAGCUGUCCAAACCAACGACGUGGUUGACCCGAAAGUGUUUGAGCAAAAAGACACGGCAAAACCAGACAAACCACCCAGCAGCGGCACCCCUCCACCGGCCUCUGCCGCUGCCGGCGACAAGCCUGUGCAAAAAGGAUUCGACGACGAUGCGUGGGAAGUCAAGACUCCCAAGCAACCGGCAGCGCCAGCGACAGCUGUCAGCUCACCACCACCGGCAGCGGCACCCGCCACGACCAGCCCUCCGGCUCAGCCGUCAAUUACUGGAGCCAUGGCCGAUUUAUCCCUCCUUCAGGCGCCCCUGCAACCAACACUUGCGCAGCCCACGUCUACCCCUGCUCCUGCUCAAUCACCCCCCGCUACUCAACCUAUUCAAGCCCAGCCAACGGCGAUUCCAGCGCCCCAGCCGCAGCAGCCAGGAGCCUCACCCAACUUUUUUGCACAGGUGGCACAGGUUGGGCAACAGCAACCUAUGCAAACUGGCUUUCAGCAGUCCCGACAGCGCCCACAGGCACCUCAGGUCAUGGGGCAAAAUUCUCUUAUCCCGCCUCCGCCUCAGCGACCUCUCUCUGCGCCUCAGAACAUGCCUCAGCAACAGCCUUUUGGCCUACCUCAGCUGCAGCCACAGCUGACGGGUCUACCUCAGCAAGGCCCCCAGAUCGCAGCCCCAGGGCAGAGUCUGGCCGAAAUAAACCAACAGCGCUUCCAGCCUUCCUUCCAGCCACAACAAACUGGAUUCAUGGCUCCGAACCAAUUCCAGAACGGGCUAAUGCCGCAACCUACCGGUUUUCAGCCCCAAUCGCAGUUUGGGAUUCAGCAGCAACAGACUGGAUUCGGCCUCGCACCGCAGCCGACAGGCUUCGGAGGCUUUGGUGCCCCUCCCCAGCAGCCCAUGCCGACUGGCAUCAACUCUGUUCUUCCUCCCCCGUUGCAGCCUCAGCCUACGGGUAUGAAUGGUUCGGGCUCUAUGGCUUACUCCCCGUCCCCUCCCCCAAUUCCUCCCAUUCCCCAGCAGCAGACAUUGGCCCCACUGCAAGCCCAGAAGACGGGUCCAGCUCCUCCGGUCCGCUUUGGUGUCAAACCCGAUGCACCCAAGAAGCUUGCUCCUCAGCCAACAGGUCUGAAGGCCAACCUCUCGCAAGCCACACCCACCAACCCGUUUGGCUUUUAG